ACCGACAAAACCAAACCGAGUUUCAGUGAGAGAGACAGUGCGAGUUACAUGACGAUGGGAGGAGCCACGACGACGCAGCAGCAAGCCUAUGGCGAGCCAUGGUACUGGGACAACCGCUACACCAACGAAUCCGGACCUUUUGAUUGGUACCAGAAAUACCAGUCUCUAGCUCCCAUCAUCAACCUCUACGUCCCCCGCCACCUCCGCCACCGCGUCCUCGUCGUCGGCUGCGGCAACUCCGCUUUUAGCGAGGGAAUGGCGGACGAUGGGUACGAGGACGUGGUUAGUAUCGACAUUUCGUCUGUGGUGAUCCAAGCUAUGCAGGACAAGCACUCGAACCGUCAGGACCUUAAAUAUUUGGAAAUGGAUGUGAGAGAUAUGAAUGCUUUCGAAACUGCUUCCUUUGAUGCUGUCAUUGACAAAGGAACUCUGGACUCUCUUUUGUGUGGAAGUAAUUCACAACAAAAUGCUGCUCGGAUGCUCAAUGAAGUUUGGAGGGUCCUCAAGGAUAAAGGAGUCUAUAUUCUGGUGACAUAUGGAGCCCCGUUGUAUCGUUUACGAUUGCUGAAAGAAUCAAGCUCAUGGGUUAUAAAACUCCAUGUGAUAGAUAAACUUGUUUCCAAUGAUAAAUCAGAGCAUCCAAUAUGGGAGCUGACAAAUCCUGUUCCCUUGAAUGAUGAUGGAAGCUCCGCAGAGGCAUUGCUAGGAAACAACCCUGAUGUCCAUUUUAUUUACAUUUGUACAAAGGAUAAUUCUUCAAAGCCAGGCUUUAAGCGUGAAGUAUCAGUCGACUGAGGAGGGAGGAUAAGAAUCUUCAAUCUCUUGCAAUUUGUAUUCCCGUGCCUGCAUUAUUGCUUGUUUUGAACUAAUAAUUUUACAGCAUCAUGUAUGUUGUCUGUAUAAUGCUUGACCAUAAGCUGAGCCUUUAAUGGGAUUUGCAAUUCUUUCGUUUAUAUGCUGUUGUGAACUUGUGAUUGUAACAUGGAACCAAUGAGGCUUUCAAAAUAUUGAAAAGAGAAAAAGUUCUCAGAGUC